AUGGCAGGCCACGGAGCGGCCAGUGGCCCGUCCCAACUACCUGAACUGUUUGCGGCUCGCUUGGCUCUAAACAAACUUGCCGUCACUUACUUUGCCGCCGCUUUGGUGUCCCUCAUGGCUAUAUUCAUCGGCUUUCACUUCACUCGCGUAUUGGCUCACAAGUCGGGUCUUGCGCCUCGGCUCUCUAUCCUCGCCACCCCCUUUCUUAUCGCCUCAAGAAUCCUCCGAAGAAGGCUCCUCGCCAAAGCUCCAUUCUUACCUUCCGUCGGCCAUGCUGGACUUGCCUUGAUCUAUGUGGCACUCAAUAUUGUCCUGACAUUUAAACCCCUGAUGAAUCACCCUGCCUUGGCACUCCUAUCCAAUAUUGCCUCGCGGACGGGAUGGCUUGCACUCGCCAACAUUUGCCUUGCUGUCUUUCUCGGUCUCAAGAAUACGCCUCUAGGGUAUCUGACGACCUGGUCCUACGAAAGACUGAAUGUCAUUCAUCAGAUUGUAGGUUACACCGCCAUGGCUAUGACAGCUGUGCAUGGCAUCGCCUACUCGGUCUACUUUAUUCAGCGAGGAAACAUGGCGCGACUCCGGGUCCAAGAGGAGAUUUAUGGCAUAGUCGCAGGCUUCACCAUGCUGACACUUGUCAUCGUUGGCUUCACUAUUCGACGGUGGUACUACGAGCUGUUCUACCUCGUGCAUGUCUCCUUCUUUGUCGUCACCAUGGUUUUUAUUGGUCUUCACCAGCCUGAGACGCACAAACAUAUUCUCAUCGCCACAGGCGUCGGCGCCGGCAUGUGGGCGCUCGACCGUCUUCUCCGCAUUCUCAGGGUCAGUCUUUACAGUUUCAACAACCAGGCCACCAUACAUCCGCUGCCGCACGGAGGCACCCGCAUUGUGCUACGGAAGCCUCCUAUUGGUGCGAGGUCUGGCGAGCACUGCUUCCUGUGGGUUCCCAGCAUCAGGUCAAUCGAGAUGCACCCAUUCACGAUUGCGGCGGCAGACCCCCUGGAGUUUGUCGUGGCUUCCUAUGACGGCUUCACCCGUGACCUUCACAAGUACGCCAUCCAAAACCCGGGUGCCAGUCUCAGGGCCUCUGUUGAAGGAUCCUACGGCACUUUUCCCGACCCUACUUCCUAUGACAAAGUGGUCUUGAUAGCAGGUGGGAGCGGGGCAAGCUUCACCGUCGGCAUGGCACUCAAUAUGAUCAAGCACGCCAACGCUGGCUCUCGACAGAGCGUUGUGUUCAUCUGGAUGGUACAAGACAAUGCGCAUCUGGAAUGGUUCUCUGACCAUCUUGCCACGAUACGCCAGAGUCUCAACUCAUCCAUCUCCUUGUACGUGACCAGAUCAUCAAGGCACGAGACAGGGGCUGUCAAUGACAAUGCCCUUGCAUCCGCCGCAACCGUGUACCGCAACCGUGCAGCGACAUUUUCGUCCUCGGACAGCUCCCCUGACACCCCUGUCGACGACGAGAAGAGGCUUGCCGAGGACAGGCCGGGCCGCAUCUUGACACGUCACAUCUCCGACCCCGAAAAGUCGGAGCACGACUUGGAGCUGGAAUCGCCCACGUCCCCUUGCGACACAUCCGCUGCCGGCGUACCUCGAUCACACCAGCAGUCUACCGGCAAGUUACACAUCCACGGAAUUCCCAUUACAUACGCGCGGCCUGACGUCUCGGCUUUGAUCAAGCAUGCCAUUGCGCAGACGCCUAGCAGCCAACGGGUGCUGGUUAUGGGCUGCGGCCCGGAGGGGCUGAUGACGCAGGUGCGCAAUACAACAGCCGAGUCAGUCAGGAGAAAGGGUCCUGCGGUAGAGCUUCACUGCGAGCAAUUUGGAUGGUGA